AUGGCGGGCGACGUGCAGGCGCAUGUGCGUCUUAUGACGCUCCUAAAUGUCAAAGCGGCGCAUCCUCGCGACGAAGAUAAUAAGAACCCUGGAGGUCAGAAGCGCUUGCGUGUACGUGUGCACGGCGCCGUGCAACCUGUGUCUGCACCACAAAAAGAGACGGUAGCUGCCGAGCCUGCGCCAGCGGCCGAGCCUGCGUUGGUUGCGGCCAACGAUUCGGACGACGAGGAAGUCGGACUCGAUGCAUUCUAUGCGCAUUUUGGCACAGAGAGCACCGUGAUUGCCGGCGUUGAUACGCGCGCAUUGCAAUGGACUACACCACAGCCCUUUGCCGUUCUCGGCGGCGCCACGAUUGCGCAUAUCGUGCGGCCACGGCCUAUCGAGGUAGUAGCGCGCCCCCAUGCGCGCAUAUGGAAUCAAUUUAUUUCUCUGUGCGGCAAAAAAGGCGUCUCGCACGCACAAGAGCAGCUUUUACAAGUGAUUGGAAAGUAUGUCGAUUUUUGGGACGCAACACUGUCGCUGGGCGAGCACAAGGCGACGCGUAUGGCGAUAAGUAUGCAUCUCUUGAGCCACGUAACGCGAGUAAGACAGCGUAUUUUGAAAGACAACGAGCGUCUUGCGAAAGCGGCCGCGGCCGCACACGACACCGAGGAUGACGACGGGCUGCCCGAACUGCGCGACCAGGGAUUCACACGCCCCAAAGUGCUCCUACUAGCGCCCAUGCGAAAUUCUGCCAAGGUAUGGGUUGAGCAGCUGAUUGCGCUCGCCGGAAGCGACCAGGUGGAGAACAAGGCACGCUUUUUUAAAGAAUUUUCUCUUCCCCCCGGUGCACUGGACAAGCUGGCGGACCCUGCGAGUGCAGAUCGAUACCCCGAGGACCAUCGCUACACAUUCCAGGGCAACAUUGACGACAAUUUCAAGCUUGGCAUCAAGCUCACGCGCAAGACACUCAAACUUUACAGCGGCUUUUUCGAGAGCGACGUGAUUGUCGCAAGUCCGCUUGGUCUGCGUUUGCUGAUGGAAAAAGAAAAAGAGUCGGACCACCUUUCUUCUAUAGAGAUCCUUGUGCUGGAUCAGAUGGACACGAUGCUUAUGCAAAACUGGGAGCACGUCAAGUUUGUGGUCGAGCACCUGAAUGCGAUCCCCAAGCAGGCGCACGAUACCGAUUUUUCCCGGGUCAAGCCGUGGUAUCUUGAUAAUCAGGCCAAGAACUUGCGGCAGAACAUCAUGCUCUCAGCGUUUGACGCACCCGAGUUCCGCAAUUUGUUCCACCACACAGCAAACGUCGGCGGCAGGGUGCGCACCGUGCCCCACUGUCCUCCUGAAACAUGCGCAAUGGCCAGUGUCACGCCCGGGAUACGCCAAACGUUUCACCGCUUUGACAGCACAAACGCACAGAGCGACCCAGACGUGCGCCUGCAGACAUUUCUUGCCAAAAUCUUGCCGCUUCUGCAGCGAUCCGCACUGAGUGCGACGCACACAAUGAUCGUCGUCCCUUCCUACUUCGACUUUGUGCGCAUCGAGCACCAUUUGCGCCAAGCACAUCCCCCCAUUUCCUACACAACCCUGACAGAGUACACGUCCAACAAAGACAUUUCCCGUGCGCGCCAGGCAUUCUUUAUGGGAAAAAAAGGGUUCCUCCUGAUGACGGAGCGCUUCCAUUUCUACCGUCGCUAUCUCAUUCGCGGUGCGCGAAACAUGGUGUUUUAUGCACCUCCCGAGCAUGCCGGAUACUACACGGAACUCGUCAAUGCACCACUCACGCCGCGCAACAACACGGACGAGGUGCCGGACCCUGCCGACGUCAGCGCGACGGUAUUGUACUCCAAGUACGAUUUCUUGCGCUUGGAGCGCAUCGCAGGAGCGCAAGAAGCACGCCGCAUGGUGACCGAUGUGCGCUCAGUAUGGCGAUUUGCAUAG